AUGGCAGUGAAAACAGUCAUACUUUUAUUAUGCUACAUUGGGUUGUUCAUGAUGCAAGCUUUUAAGUAUGGCAGUUUCAUGUCUGAGUCCUUUGAUUAUUCUUCCCAAAAUGGUCUCUUCAGUGAAGGUGUGCCUGUACCCUCUCCAGACCACAAUCAGGAGGCUUGGCCCAGACAGCACCAGAUGUUUUCUGUCUCUUGUGGUAAAGAUGCUGUCCAAGUAGUCUUGCCCUCAGGUUCUCUGUCUGAGGUGAAGAUUUUGGGUUCCUCCAUCUGGGACUCUGUUCUAGAAGCAAAAAAAGAAUGUGUCUACUCUCUGACAAAGGAACAAGGGAACUAUGUUCUUCGUGUCAGCUUUUCUGGCUGUUAUGCCACUGUUGAAGAGGGCAGAUAUACCUUACAACUGCUGUAUCGCAAUAACCUGGGAUUUCCUGAGGUUGUUGCAGUGUCAUGUGAUGUAAACUCUGACAUGGUCUUGCGAAAACUCCGGCUCCCUCGUUCAGAUGGCCAACCUGGUUGUCCACUUACUCCAAUGCAAGACCUGACACCAAAUCAAAAGCUGCCUCAGACCUAUACAAGAGGAGGCUGUGAUAUUCCUAAUAGUCAAAGAUUGCCCUGUGGUCUUUCUGAAAUUACGGCUGCUGAGUGUGUGAGUAAAGGAUGCUGCAUGGAUGUGACGGAUUCCUCCUGUUACUACCCAAUGGAUCAAUGUACAGCUGAUGGGCAGUUUGUGUUUACUGUUUACGCUAACGUCACAACUAUUCCUGUGAACCCUGUAAGCUUGUUUGUGGUGACCAAGAACCCCUGUAAACCAGUCAUUGCUAACAAGGAGUUUGCCACCUUCAAGUUCUCAGUGACAGAAUGUGGGACAAAGACUUAUAAUAUUGGUGACUCCACUAUUUACAUGGCUGAAGUGCGACCAGCUCUCAAAGCACUGAACCUGAAGUAUGGUGUCAUCACCAGGGAUCACCCUGUCAGGUUGAUGGUUGAGUGUCGGUACUCAAAGGGCAGUCCAAUGAAAGCCAGUGCUGGCUAUGUGGUGGUGAGCCCAAGUGUGCCAGCCUCUGUGACCUCUAGUGGACUAUAUGGUGUUCAGCUCCGGAUAGCAGAUGAUGAGACCUUCUCUUCAUUCUCUGCACAUGGUCAUCUGCCCUUGAAGGUUCUCUUGGGUAAACCACUGUAUUUGGAAGUGCGAAUAAACUCUCCAAAACCUGGGGCCACACUAAUUGUACACUAUUGUGUAGCCUACACACGCUCGGCAACAAAUGCCUUGGUUCUACUCUAUGAAGGGUGUCCUGACCCUGAUCUUGCCUCAGCACGGUUUUCAUUCCUCUAUGUGCUAGACCUGCCACAGACUCCUUACCAGCGCCGCUUUGUGGUGACAGCCUUCCAGUUCAUGAAUGUAACCACUCAAAGAUACAUCAAUGAGGAGAUUUACUUCAUGUGCUCCACUGAAGUGUGUAUGCCUUCUGAGACUCCAUGUCCUAAGACUUGCUUUGAUGGGAAGGCUGUAAUGGAAGGCAGCAUGGAGGACAGUCUCUAG